CCCGAGCCCCCACAAGGCAAUGCAAUCAUUCUGCUCAGUCCAACGGCUCUUGAGGUCUCCUGGCGAGCGGCGAAGGAGCGCUAUGAGGAACUCCGCUACUACAAGUUGACAUGGCAACCGGCCAUGAAGGAGGGACGUCGUACGUCUAGUGGUGAGAUGGAGGAGCCGGUCUCCACGUCGAUACUCUUCGACAAGGCCGGAGAAAGGUCGAAGAAUGUGCCCGUGGACGAGACGAAUCCCACCAAACUGUAUGUGGUACCGAUAAGUGAUCUGCAACCGGAUGUCACCUAUCAGGUCUCGGUUGCUGCGGCCAACCCGCAGGGAGUGGGCCCUGCUUAUCGUUUUCCUAUCGUCAAGACGACCUCUGAUGGAUUUGCAGGGAGUGGGAGGAGAGGCAUCUUCUAG